AACUCCCAGGACCACAGCUGACCGGACUUCCGGAAGCCAAAGCCUGGCGGGGAGGAGGUUGCUGAGAUCCGGAUAAGAGGCCGGGGGUUAAUUUAGCAAGAAAAACGGGGGGCGGGAAGAGCUAUAGUGCUAACCUGUCAAUUCGCCACCAUGAACGUGGUUUUUGCUGUGAAGCAGUACAUUUCCAAAAUGAUAGAGGACAGCGGACCGGGCAUGAAAGUACUUCUUAUGGAUAAAGAGACGACCGGCAUAGUGAGUAUGGUAUACACACAAUCGGAAAUUCUCCAGAAGGAAGUGUACCUUUUUGAACGCAUUGAUUCUCAAAAUCGAGAGAUCAUGAAACACCUGAAAGCAAUUUGUUUUCUUCGACCUACAAAGGAGAAUGUGGAUUAUCUGAUUCAGGAGCUCCGAAGACCCAAAUACAGUAUAUAUUUUAUUUAUUUCAGUAAUGUGAUCAGCAAGAGUGAUGUGAAGUCAUUAGCUGAAGCUGAUGAACAGGAAGUGGUGGCUGAGGUUCAGGAAUUUUAUGGUGAUUACAUUGCUGUGAAUCCACAUUUGUUUUCCCUCAAUAUUCUGGGUUGCUGCCAGGGUCGAAAUUGGGAUCCAGUCCAACUAUCCAGAGCAACUCAAGGACUGACAGCUCUCCUUUUAUCUCUGAAGAAAUGUCCCAUGAUUCGUUACCAGCUUUCAUCAGAGACAGCAAAGAGACUUGCAGAAUGUGUUAAGCAGGUGAUAACUAAAGAAUAUGAACUGUUUGAAUUCCGGCGGACUGAGGUUCCUCCAUUGCUACUUAUUUUAGAUCGCUGCGAUGAUGCCAUCACCCCAUUGCUAAACCAGUGGACAUAUCAGGCCAUGGUCCAUGAACUACUGGGCAUAAACAACAAUCGGAUUGAUCUUUCCAGAGUGCCAGGGAUCAGUAAAGACUUGAGAGAGGUGGUCCUAUCUGCUGAAAAUGAUGAAUUCUAUGCUAACAAUAUGUACCUGAACUUUGCUGAGAUUGGUAGCAACAUAAAGAAUCUCAUGGAAGACUUUCAGAAGAAGAAACCAAAAGAACAGCAAAAACUAGAAUCAAUAGCAGACAUGAAGGCCUUUGUUGAGAAUUACCCACAAUUCAAGAAGAUGUCCGGGACUGUAUCAAAGCACGUGACAGUGGUUGGAGAGCUGUCUCGGUUGGUCAGUGAGCGGAAUCUGCUGGAGGUUUCGGAGGUUGAGCAAGAACUGGCCUGUCAAAAUGACCAUUCUAGUGCUCUCCAGAAUGUAAAGAGGCUCCUGCAGAACCCCAAAGUGACGGAGUUUGAUGCUGCGCGCCUGGUGAUGCUUUAUGCUCUACAUUAUGAGCGACACAGCAGCAAUAGCCUACCAGGAUUAAUGAUGGACCUUAGGAAUAAAGGUGUUUCUGAGAAGUAUCGCAAGCUUGUGUCUACAGUUGUUGAAUAUGGUGGUAAACGGAUCAGAGGAAGUGACCUCUUCAGCCCCAAAGAUGCUGUGGCUAUUACCAAACAGUUCCUCAAAGGAUUGAAGGGAGUAGAAAAUGUAUAUACUCAGCAUCAGCCUUUCUUACAUGAGACCCUGGACCAUCUCAUCAAAGGAAAGCUCAAGGAAAACCUGUAUCCUUAUCUAGGCCCCAGCACACUCAGAGACAGACCUCAGGAUAUCAUUGUGUUUAUAAUUGGAGGAGCCACCUAUGAAGAGGCUCUAACAGUUUAUAACCUGAACCGUACCACUCCUGGAGUGAGGAUUGUCCUGGGGGGAACCACUGUGCAUAACACGAAAAGAUCCUUAGAAGAAUCUCUAAUCACCUUACUCCCAACUUACAAGCUAUCAUUGUCCAGCAUAUUGGUUCUACUUUGUUUUUAUAAUCCCCAAAUGAAUCAUUAUUAUUUUCAAUAGUCAAUAUUUGUUUAGAUUUACCUACAUAUUUGCCUCUCCCCCCUCUUCAUCCUGGCCCUUCUUUCUGAUCCAGUAUUCUUACUAAAGAACCUCUUUUAGUACUUCUUUCAGGUUCUGGUCAACUUGACGUUUUUGUCUAAAAAUAUCUUAGUUUAGCUAAGUUUAGAAUUUCAGGUUGAUCGUUUUUUUCAGCACUUAGAAAUCAGAAGACAGUGGAAUACUGGUACUUCCCUGGCAGUCCAGUGGUUAAGACUCCGUGCUUCCACUGCAAGGGGGCGUGGAUUCGAUCCCUGGGGAGCUAAGAUCCCGAAUGCCAGUACCGUGUGGCCCCGCCCCCCAAAAAAAGAAGGCAAGCAACUAUUUUCAAUUGUUGCUUCUUAGUAGACUUCUUAAGAAGUCUACUCUCGAUACAAUUGUUUUUCAUCUGUAGGCAAUAUUUUCUUCUCUGGCUCUUUUUAUCUUUUUGUCUUUGGUAUUCUUGUUUCAGUAUUACGUAUCUAAAUAUGGAUUUAUUUUUAUUUAUGUUACUUAGUAUGAAAAUACAUGUUUGGCAUAAUUUCUGGAAAUUUUCCAGUCGUUAUUUCUUUGAAUAUUGCAUUUUUUUCCCCAAUUAUUCUGUUCUCUCCUUCUGGAACUCCUGGGAGCUAUAUGUUAGGCAUUUAUCUAUUUUCAUGUCUCUUAACCUCUUAUUUAUAUUAUCCACCUGUUAUCUCUCUGUGCUGCCUUCUGUGUACUUUUUUUCACAUUAGUAUUUCAGUUCAGUAAUUCUCUCUUCAGCCAUGUAUAAUCUGUGUUUAAUUUGUACAUUCAGUUUUUAAUUUCAAAGGUAAUAUUUUUAUGCCUGUAAUUUCUAUUUGCUUCUUUUUCAAAUUUGCCUGAUUUUUCAUUAAUUUCUUCUUCUCAUGUUUUCAAAUCCUUUUCAAAUUUUUCUUUAACCACAUUAAUUCUAUAAUCUGAAGUACUUGGAGGUCUAAUUCUGCUGUUGUGUCUGCUGACAUUAGCUCCUGAUGGCUCAUUUCUGCAUGUAAUUUUGUAUUACGAGUUAUCUUAAAGAAGACUCACAGGACUCAUUCGGAGCCUAAGUUGAAGAUAUAUCUCUUCUGUGUAGUUUGUCUUUCAUUUAGGCCAGGUACCCAAAGAGUAUUAUCAGUUCAGAACUUUUUUUAAUGUUAAUUUCUGUACUAAAGGGUUCCUGAACCAUGCAGAGCUUUAUACUGGUUUAUUUUCAAGUUUCCUUGUGAUCUUCCUGUGCAGAUAGAAGAUUUUUGGUUUUCUAUUCUCUCUUUUCAGUGAGGGCCUCUACAUUAUGCGAGAGUCUUAAUUCUAAUUCCCUUUCUUACUGAGGCCUAAGCCCUGUCUCCUGACCCUCUGCAGCUGUUAAAAUACAGUGCCCUUGUUUAUGAACAUUGGCAUAUUAUGAACAUUGGCAUAUAUCUAUUGGGUAGUUAAAAGCAUUGGUUUAUACUUAUCAACCUAAAUUUUGGUUCCCUUUUUGUGAUGACUCUUGGAGAUUUCCCUUAAUUUCUUAAGAGGUUAAGCUAUUCAUUUAAAAGUAUGUAUGUCAUUUUUUUAUCCAGCAUUUCUAUGUGUUUUAUUUAAUUUCGCCUUAUCUAGUUGGCCUUGAUUUCAGAAAUCGAAGUGUAAGUGUGGUUAUGAUCUUGGAAAAGUUUAAAAUGGUAGUGACAUUAUGCGACGUUUACUCUAACUUGAAAACUCUUAGGUAGUAUUUGGAAGCUUAACCGUGCAUCCUAAAUGUCAGACUGAGGAUUUUGUACCUAAUUCAGUAGUCUGUGGGGGUACCAUUGAAUAAUUUUGAGCACAGAGUGACACAAUACUAUCGCUACUAUUUUAUGCAAGUUCCUCCCUUUGUUCCUGCUGCUCCUAAUAAAAAUAAUCAUAAUAGGGCUUCCCUGGUGGCGCAGUGGUUGAGAGUCCGCCUGCCGAUGCAGGGGACACGGGUUCGUGCCCCGGUCCAG